AUGGAGAGCAAAUGGAGUGGCUGGGUGCUGAUCCUUUCUGUGUGCAUGGGCUCCUACCAAGCCACAGCCAGCCCCCUCCACGAAUGCGGAGAGCGGCCAGAGGACUGGUGCCGUGACGUGGCGACGGCAACCAAGUGUGGGGCACUGGAGCUCUGCCGGAUCACUGUCUGGGACCGGGCCCUGGGGCAGAAGGGGAUCCCGUGUCAUUUGUGCCAGGUGGCGGUCUCUGUGAUGGGCAAGAUCCUGCAGGACAACUGCACUGAGGAAAAGCUGCGGAUCUUCUUGGAUAAGAAAUGCCAGUACCUGCCCUUCCAGGACUGGUCUGUCAAGUGCAAGAGGAUGGUGGACACCGGCAUCCUUGUCCUUGUCCAGCUGGGCAAGCAAGUACUGUCAGACCCGAAGGUGGUGUGUGGAACCAUCAAGCUGUGCCAGCCCCGGGAGAGCCUCACGGGGGCCCUGAAGUUCCAGGAGCCACCGCCAGACCCUGCGGGCCCUGCUCAGGACUUUGCCGACCUGGUUGCUCCUUUCAUCGCCAACGUGCCCCUCCUGCUCCAUCCCCAGCACCUGCCUCGCGGUGAGGCCCAGGCAAUGGAAGACAUGUGUGGGGACUGCCUGCAGCUGGUGACUGCCAUGCAGCUGGAGCUGGGGACCAACGUCGCCUUCACCCAGGCACUGGUGGACCACGCUGAGCGGCUGUGCGAGGGCUUGGCACCCGGCCUGGCACAGCGGUGCAAGCACUACCUGGCUGAGUACGCGGACACGGCUGCCCAGCUGCUCCGGUACCUGCAAGCUGAGGACCCAAUGGAGCUGUGUGGCCAUCUGGGACUCUGCUCCUCUACCUCAGCACUGCCCCUCCAUACGCUGUUAACCGAGAAGGUGACGCAGGUCCUGAGCGCACUGGGGGAUGGAGAGGGGACCACGCCGCUGUGCGACAUGUGCCAGUUCGCUGUGAAGAUGGCCGAGAGCCUCCUGGAGAACAACGUGACAGAGGAGCAACUGGUGAAUGACAUCGAGAAGGUGUGCUACAUGCUGCCCCAUGGCGUCAUUGGGCAGUGCAAGGACUUUGUUGACUCCUACGGCAAAGCCGUGGUCAUCAUGCUGCUGGAGAAAAAAGCAGCUGUCUGCACCAUGCUGCACUGCUGCCCCCGCAGUGGGGAUGCCCACCGAGGGGCCGCCGCGCUGGAGCAGCUGGCAGUAGGUGCAGGUGCCUUCUGCAACGUCUGCCAGAUCGUCAUCACCUACUUUGAUAACGAGCUGCUGAAGAACGAGACGCUGGCGGAGCUGAGCAACAUGCUCGAGAAGGGCUGUGAGCUGCUGCCCACGCCGCUCACCGGCCAGUGCGAGGCGCUGGUGGUGCAGUAUGAGCCGGCAGCCGUGCGGCUCCUCGUGCAGAUGAUGGACCCCGACUUUGUCUGCACCAAAAUAAGAGCCUGUGAUUCACCUGAGGAGGAUCUCCUGGGCUCAGACCCCUGUGCCUGGGGCCCACAGUACUGGUGCAAGAACAUGGCCACGGCCAUCGAGUGCCAUGCUGUUGAGCACUGCCAGCGUCACCUAUGGAACUAG